GUUGUUUGGUGUUUUAUCUUACUCUAACUGGAUUAUUCUGGGCUGUCCAAGGCGUACGAAUGGGAGUUCAAUGAAGAAAAAGUAUACUUUACAUAAUAAAUGAAAUGUUUGUUUUGGCGGAGUUGAAAGACAACGUGAGGAUAGCGCCGGAAUUGUUUGGUUUAAAGCUUCCAGAGGCUAUAAAGGAUGAAAUAAACCGAAAGUUGGCAAAUAAGGUUCUAUUGAACGUGGGUCUUUGCAUCGCACUCAAAGACAUUAUAAAGUUGGGCGAUUCUAUCAUACUUCCCGGCGAUGGUGCCUCGCACACGGAGGUCAACUUCCGGUACAUAGUGUUCCGACCGAUCAUUGGCGAUGUGAUAACGGGCAAGAUAAGAAGCUGCAGCCGGGAAGGUGUACACAUAACGCUCGGCUUUUUCGACGAUAUACUCAUACCGCCGUCCGCUCUGCAGCAUCCCUCGCGCUACGAGGAAGCGGAACAGGCGUGGGUAUGGGAAUAUCCACUCGAGGAUGGUAACACACACGAUCUGUACAUGGACAUUGGGGAAAGCAUAAAGUUUCGCGUAUCGGGAGAAGUGUUUGAAGAAAGUUCACCUAUUGGCCCACCGGACCAGGAAGUGCCGUCGAGUGGGACCGGUACGAGUGCGGGUGGUGCUGGACCCAGCAGCGUAACGGAAGGCAACAAGACACCGUACCGCAUCGUGGCGGCCAUUAACGAAUCCGGGCUCGGUUUGCUGUCUUGGUGGGUUCAACAAAACCAGGAAGAGGACGAAGAAGGCGAAGACGAAGAGCAGGAGGAGGAGGAACAGGAACAGGAUUCUGGUGGGGAGAAUGAAUAAAGUAUACAUACCUUGUUAAGCCGAAGCAAACACGUCGCAGCGAACAUACAAAACAACCGAACAGGUUCUGCUUUUUGAUCGGUUCCUUUCUUUCCCAACGAGAAACUUACAGUUUGCCAUAGCUUUAGGUUUUAACUUUAUAUACACAUGGGCCGUUUUAUGUAUCGUAAAGUUUUUCGUUACUGAAAGUAUCGCCGCCUGCGCAACCUUCUUUUCAGCGCUAAUUAUGUCGCUUGUGUUUACGCACUAAUCGAGCACACUACUCGCUUGCGGUUGAGUUGCAGUGUAGAAGAGCCAGCCAGAAAAAAAGGAAAAACGUUCGCCUGUUCUCUAUUUGCAUCGCCUCCUGUUCGAUUUCAGCGAAUAAAAAUGGAGCGUUUUAUGUGUGAGGAGUGAUAACCUAGCAACGGUAGCAUUAUGUAGCGCAUUCAGAGUACUAGAUCGGUUCAGGAAUAGUGUUCCUACUUGACUAAUCUACA